AUGACUUCCCACAGUUCCCCCAGGUGCUGUUCUGCUGAGCCCUGUGCUGCCAACUGUACUUCUGAUCCACCCUGUCCCACAGACACAACUUGCCUCCCCGGCACCUGCGCCACAUCCAGAUGUCAGACGCCGAGCUUCAUAUCCAGGUGUCACCUGCCGAUCUGUUGUGUCACGCCUUGCCACUUUGCUGAUGGGUGUAACAGUCCCGGCGUGGCGGGAAGCUGUCCGUGGUGUGAGGAAGGGGCGUUCAACAGCAAUGAGAAGGAGACUAUGCAGUUCCUGAAUGACAGACUGGCCAACUACCUGGAGAGGGUGCGCAGCCUGGAGGAGACCAACGCAGAGCUGGAAUGCAGGAUCCGAGAGCAGUGUGAGCCCGACGCCCCGCUGGUGUGUCCUGAUUAUCAAUGUUACUUCGACACCAUUGAAGAACUUCAACAAAAGAUCUUGUGCACGAAGGCAGAGAAUUCCAGACUCGCGGUGCAGUUGGACAACUGUAAACUGGCUGCUGAUGAUUUCAGGUCAAAAUAUGAAAGUGAACUGUCCCUUCGCCAGAUGGUGGAGACUGACAUCAGUGGCCUCCGUGGUAUCCUGGGUGAACUGACCCUGUGCAAGUCAGAUCUGGAGGCCCACGUGGAGUCCCUGAAAGAUGAUCUCCUCUGCCUUAAGAAAAACCAUGAAGAGGAGGUCAACUUGCUUCGUGAUCAGCUUGGAGAUCGGCUCAGUGUGGAGCUGGACACGGCUCCCACUGUGGACCUCAACAAGGUCCUUGAUGAGAUGCGAUGUCAGUACGAAACGGUGCUGGCUAACAACCGCAGGGACGCAGAGGAAUGGUUCGCCGCUCAGACAGAAGAGCUGAAUCAGCAGCAGCUUUCCAGCACGGAGCAGUUGCAGGGAUGCCAGACAGAGAUGCUGGAGCUGAAGCGCACAGCCAACACUCUGGAAAUUGAGCUCCAGGCGCAGCAAAGCCUGACAGAAUCUCUGGAGUGUACGGCGGCAGAAACCGAGGCCCAGUACAGCACGCAGCUGGCCCAGAUGCAGUGCCUGAUCGACAGCGUGGAGCACCAGCUGGAAGAGAUCCGCUGCGACCUGGAACGCCAGAAUCAGGAGUAUGAGGUGCUGUUGGACACCAAGGCCCGACUGGAAUGUGAGAUCGGCAGGUACCGGGGCCUGCUGGAGAGCGAGGACAGCAGGCUUGCCUGCAACCCAUGUUCUACAGCUUCGACAUCAAGCAGCGCAUGUGAGCCAUGUUCAGCCUAUGUGAUUUGCACAGUUGAAAACUGCUGUGCAUGA